GAAAACCCCCUCACCAGCUAGACUGUUUACGUCUAGUCACCUAGUAGGCAUAUCUUGAAGACGUUAAAUCGAAACAAAAGUUCCAUGAGCUCAUUUCCAUGUGAAAUCUAUUCUACUGUGCCUCUUUUAAUAUAUAUACUUUUGAUCUUUGUAGAAGCAAUGGUGUGAUUUCAGUCUUCUUCAGACAAAAACCAACCUAAAACAACCUUGGUCAGUCAUUGUGGCGGGUCUGUAGCUUGCUUUUCAGCUGAAAAAUAUGGCUGAAAAUGUGGGAUUCUACUGGUGGACGCCAUUAAUCAUGGGCCUAUCCUUACUCUCCGGAGUACUUUUUUCUAUAGGUCAUCACCUAUUCUAUAAGUCCUUAGAGAACAAACCAACAUCGACGGGCGACUAUGACAUACUGGGUUCACAUUACCAAGGACAGCAAUUUAAUAUUGCGGUUGGGACCGCCUUCGCUUUUCUUGCCAGAGCAGCUUUCAUUCUAGCCGUCUCUACUGCAUACUGUCAAUUAUUUUGGCAGCGUAUCAAAGGGCAGUCUAAAACGGGCAAUCCUCCGACACUGGAGAGGGUAGACAUUGUUUAUUCCGGAAUAAACAAUAUAAUCUCCUUGUUCACGGUCCCUGUCUGGUACAGGUACCCUGUACUGUUCCUCAUGGCGAUAUCAGUCUGGUUAAUACCCAUCGCAUCUAUCAUCACGCCCGCAACUCUAUCGGUAGCUCUACGAGAGAAUAUCACGGAUACCUCGACCCAACAUAUACCCCAAAUAGACUUCUUCAACCUUAACUUCGUAGCCGGAAUGCCUGCAACGGUAGGAGAAAACCGCUUAUCGAUGUACUAUACGUAUACCGGCCCAAGCCAGAUUGCAAAACAGAUCGCGAUGAGCGUAGCGGCGCAGAAGGCUAUGCUACCCAUCAAUCCGCCUUUUCCCAAUUCGACCUGGUCGCUGGAUUUCCACGGCCCGAGUCUGAAGUGCGAUCCUUUGGAUUCGAGUCAGAAUAUAAGAUUUCAGCAGAACGUCGCCAAUUACCUUAUGAACGGUUCAAAUUGCGAGGCUCCGACGUACCUCUCGUGGUACCCACGCUAUUCCACAGACAACAAGCAAACUAGCGAUGAACCAUACGUCCAAACAACACAGGGUAGCCUUUCCUCCCUAUCCUUUAGCGACCCCGAUGCGAUUUUCAAGACAGGUAUCGGGACGUACGAUCUCGUGAAGCAGGACUCCCUCUUAUACGUUGCCAUUAUGCCGAACUUGAUCAAUACUCGACGGUUCACCCUAUCUUGGGAGUCCCUUGGUUGCGACCUCGGAAUUUACGCAGAUACAAUCACACCUGAUAAUCCGCUGGGUGUGGUAGGUGGUAAUGUGACCAUGCUACAAUGCCAACUACAUAACUCAACUUAUCAUACAGACUUCCGCUACUUGAAUGGGGCGCAGAACGUCAAUAUUAGCAUAACGGAUGUGGGAGACACCGUACCCGUCAUCAACUUCGUAAGGGGCGCCAGCAGUGGCGGCGAGUUUUCCAGGAAUUGUACAACACUAAAUGAGGACGACGAACUUGGGAAACAAUGUGAAUAUGAUGCUGGCCUACUCUCUCAACUCUCCUAUCAAGCCGUGUUGGAAGCCUUCACGACCCUCAUGACGGGCAGCAUCGCACUUGUUUCUGGUACGGGGUUGGUCGACUCGACCAGCGUCCGGAGCACUAGCAUCAUCGAUACUACGGAAAUGGAAUACCUAACAGAUUACGAAAUCCACAAGGAGUCGACAGUAGGCCAAGACCCCUUCCCGGAUCUUCAGUGGCAGCUCUCCAACUCCAGUAUGCCAGAUACCGGUGGUAUUUGGAGGCUUCGCCAGACAGAGCCCGAGCAGUCGUUACAGCAAUUUCUAGAGACCAUGUUCCAAAAUUACACAGUCAGCCUCAUGAGCUCCUCGACGUUACAGCCGAAUUAUUCCUCCCCUACAGCACCAGACAAAGUCACCAUCACGCGUUUUACUACCCAGACAGUAUACGUUUAUGCAGCGGAUAAACUUUGGGCAGCUUACGGUGCGGCGGCUCUAGCUACGCUGGCGUCAGUCAUAAUCGGACUGGUAGCCAUCGUGACUAGUGGCGUGUCAUAUAGCAAUGCGGUGUCGACGAUUAUGCGGAUUGGAUGGACAACCUAUCUCAACGUUGAAGUACGAGAGACGGACCUCGAUGGAAAGAAUCCCCUUCCCAAUUACCUCGCAAAGGCGACUGUCCGGGUAGACCCACGAGAGCCGGUAGUAUAUGUCGAACAAGAUCCUGCGCAUCCUAAGGGUGCCGGUACGGGCACUGCUUUACUAGAUCAACGAGCUUAAGGGAUGAGAACAAAAAGGCAAUACACGUAAAAUGGCAGCAAAAAGAUCAAAAACGUACAACAUCGAGGAUUCGCUGGUCGUCACCGACCCAACUAUUGAUUUGAUGGUAUUCCACGAAAGGAAAGCUUCAAGAAUAUCUGAAGCUAAAAGCUGCUAGGGGCAUAAUCGAAUG